CACCACCACCUCACCUCCUCCUUCCGUCUUACAUCACCUCACCUGAUAAUAAAUAUCAUUGAAGAGACGUCUGAAUCUGGAGCAACCCUAUCAAAAGAUACACCCAAACCGAGUUGCCGAGUUUUGCCUACUGACUUCGAGUCGCCGCCGAGUUCUCCUUUUCAGCAUUGAACGACAUGGAUCGUUCUCGAGCUUUCGUCAAAGACGUGAAGCGUCUCAUCAUCAAGGUUGGAACUGCGGUUGUUACUCGAGCUGAUGGAAGAUUGGCGCUUGGAAGACUAGGUGCCCUUUGUGAGCAGAUUAAAGAGCUGAAUUCUCAAGGAUAUGAAGUCAUUUUAGUGACAUCAGGUGCUGUUGGUCUUGGUCGACAAAGACUUCGAUACAGGAAAUUGGUUAACAGCAGUUUCGCUGAUCUCCAAAAACCACAAGGUGAAAUUGAUGGGAAGGCCUGUGCUGCGGUUGGACAAAAUAGUCUUAUGGCUCUCUAUGACACAUUGUUUCUUCAGCUUGAUGUGACAUCAGCUCAGCUUCUUGUAACAGAUCACGAUUUUAGGGAUAAAGAUUUUAGAAAGCAACUGAGUGAAACUGUGAAUUCAUUGAUUGCUCUAAGGGUUGUUCCGAUUCUUAAUGAAAAUGACGCAGUCAGUACUAGAAAAGCUCCAUAUGAGGAUUCUUCUGGUAUUUUUUGGGAUAAUGAUAGUUUGUCAGCUCUUCUGGCUUUAGAACUGAAGGCUGAUCUCCUUGUUUUAUUGAGCGAUGUGGAGGGUCUUUAUAGUGGCCCUCCAAGUGAUCCAAAAUCGAAGCUUAUCCAUACAUAUGUAAAAGAGAAACAUCAAGAUGAAAUUACUUUUGGAGACAAAUCUCGAGUCGGAAGAGGAGGUAUGACUGCAAAAGUAAAAGCUGCUGUCAAUGCAGCUUAUGCUGGAAUUCCUGUUAUUAUCACCAGUGGGUAUGCUCCUGAAAACCUUAUUAAAGUCCUUCAAGGACAGCGUAUUGGUACCCUCUUUCACCAGGAUGCCCGUUUAAUGGUUCCAGUCAAAGAAGUUGAUGCACGUCAGAUGGCAGUUGCUGCCAGGGAAAGUUCAAGACGCCUUCAGGCCUUAUCUUCAGAAGACAGGAAAAAAAUUUUGCUUGACAUAGCUGAUGCCUUGGAGGCAAAUGAAGAGCUGAUUAAGGCUGAAAAUGAACUUGAUAUUUCUGAAGCACAGCUGGCAGGAUAUGAAAAACCCUUGGUAGCUCGGCUGGGUUUGAGUGCAUCAAAGAUUAAAAGCCUUGCAAAAAAUAUGCGUGCUAUUGCAAACAUGGAAGAUCCAAUUGGUCGCAUUUUGAAGAGAACUGAGAUUGCAGAUGGCCUUGUACUAGAGAAAACAUCCAGUCCCCUUGGAGUUCUCCUAAUUGUUUUUGAGUCUCGUCCUGAUGCACUAGUACAGAUUGUUUCACUAGCAAUCCGCAGUGGGAAUGGACUUAUUUUGAAAGGUGGAAAGGAAGCAAAGCGAUCCAAUGCUGUUCUGCACAAGGUUAUUACCGAAGCCAUUCCGAAUACUGUUGGCGGAAAACUUAUUGGACUUGUGACAUCAAGAGAAGAGAUUCCUGAACUACUUCAGCUUGAUGAUGUGAUAGAUCUAGUGAUCCCAAGAGGCAGUAAUAAGCUGGUUUCCCAAAUAAAAAGCUCAACCAAGAUUCCUGUCAUGGGUCAUGCAGAUGGAAUUUGCCAUGUUUAUAUUGAUAAGUCUGCUAACAUGGAUAUGGCAAAGCGAAUUGUCCUGGAUGCAAAACUGGACUACCCAGCAGCUUGUAAUGCCAUGGAAACACUCCUUGUUCACAAGGAUUUAGUGCGAACAGGUUCUUUUAAUGAGCUUAUUGUUGAUCUUCGCACUGAAGGUGUUACUUUAUAUGGUGGGCCUAGGGCAAGUUCCUUGCUGAACAUUCCUGAGGCACGUUCAUUUCAUCAUGAGUACAGUUCACUAGCUUGCACUGUUGAGUUUGUGGAUGAUGUUUACACAGCCAUUGAUCACAUACAUAAGCAUGGAAGUGCACAUACUGAUUGCAUUGUUGCGGAAGAUUCAGAAGUCGUGGAACUUUUUCUACACCAAGUUGACAGUGCUGCUGUUUUCCACAAUGCAAGCACAAGAUUUUGUGAUGGCUCACGAUUUGGACUGGGCGCAGAGGUUGGAAUAAGCACAAGUCGAAUUCACGCUCGAGGUCCUGUAGGAGUAGAAGGCUUGUUAACAACCCGAUGGAUCCUAAAAGGGAACGGGCAAGUGGUAAAUGGUGACAAAGCGAUUUCAUACACCUUCAAGGAUCUGUCAAUUGAAUCCUAAGCUAUAUGGAGGGAAUCAUAAGGAUUCAACCCCACGUUAUGUCGGGUAAAAUUAUACUCUCUUGUCCACAGAGUUGAAGGGGAGAGGAUAGGGAAGCAAGAGGAUUGUUUCUCUUUGUGCUUUGCUAAGUUCAUGUUAGUGUAGUAGUGAAUUACUAGAGAGAGAAUAUGGAAGGAAGAAGGUCUGCUGUUCCUUUUUGUCGUUUGCUGCGUUGCGUCAAUAUUAGUGUAGUGAAUUGUUAGGCUUAAUUUGAUAAUUUAAUUUCAUUGCUAUGGAACAAUUCACAAGUGAGGCUUUUGCUAGGCUUGGCUUAAUUAAUAAAUAAUAAUUUCCUUAAGUUUAUUUCA